AUGGCCCCCUCCCUGGAAGAGCCUAAUGGCUCCUCCGACAAGCAAUUCAGAGUCCUGGAGUACAAUGACAAGGAGCAUGCGGGUGAUGUGUCCCUGCUCAAGGUCAGCGACCAUGGAUACAAGUAUCGCUUGCUGGAUGGUCGAGUGAUGCCCCCAUAUGUUACCCCGGAGCGCUAUCAUCAGAGUCGCACAGUGAAAUUGAGGGAAACCGAUAUCGUCUACUCGUCGUACCCCAAAUCUGGCUCUACCUGGCUAUCGUACAUCCUGGUCCUGCUCACUGGCAAUAAGGGUUCCUCCUUGAGAGAUUCCUACCACUGGAUCGAAAAUAACUGGCUCUAUCCACGAAGCGAUGCCUAUCUAGAAGAUGCGCGGGACCCUCGCAUCUUUGCCUCCCACAUGCCGUAUGACAUGGCAGUAGGAGGAGACCCGGCCAAGAGUCCAUGCAAAUAUGUCUAUAUUGCCCGCAAUCCAAAGGACGUCUGCGUCUCCUACUACCAUUUUGAAAGCAAGAAGAGUUGGUCUGGAAACUACACCGGAGACUGGGAUCACUGGCUGCAGAUGUUCCUGGAGGGUAAAGUGCAACGCGGCGACUGGUUUGACCAUGUUCUGGGAUGGUGGCAGCAUCGUGAUGCCGACAACAUCCUCUUCUUGACCUAUGAACGCUUGAAGGAGGACAUUGACGGUGAACUUAAGAAGCUUGCCGAUUUUCUCGGCGUGGGCGAUCAAUUGACCACGGAGAAAUUGGAGGAGAUUAAGAGCCAGAUCAACUUCACCAAUAUGAAGACCAAUGAAUUCAGCGGAUUGGGGGAUGUGAAGGAGCUAGGCAGUAAAUUCUUCCGCAAGGGCAAGGUCGGCUCCUGGAAAGAACAGUUCACAGUGCAGCAGAGCGAGGAUUUUGACCGUCUGUGGGAAGAGCGUGUUGGUGGAGAAAAGCUGCCUUUUAAUUUUUCUUAA